AUGUGGACGGGAAACAAACAAGGCGGUAUCUAUAUAUGUGAUAAUGGUGAUAUCUACGAGGGCGAAUGGACAGACGAAGGUAUUGUCAAUGGAUUUGGAAGAGCCGAAUACGAAGAUGGUCGUAUCUAUAGUGGCAUGUGGAAGAAUGGAAGUAGGCAUGGUGAAGGUACAAUGUCAUAUUUGAAUGGAAAACAACUUACUGGUAAUUGGUAUGAGGGAAGACUCUAUCUACAUUCAAUUGAUAUAGCAAAACUGAUACAUGAAAUAUCAAAUAUCACAAAAACGACGACGUCCUGUUUUACUGAUCUCAAAACGUUUUUUCGUCAGAAAUUGCUCUGUUCCACGUCGAAACCUGAACGAUUAAAAGUCACUUUAAAGACUCUGCUUAGCUAUACACCAUCAGAGUAUCUAAACUAUUUUAUCAAUGAUUUGCUAGUAUGUGAAACAGAUAAGUGGAAUCCACUGAUUGUGUCAGCCAGAAACGGCUAUUCUGAUCUUGUCAAAAUGCUACUAAACGAGUUUAAUAUCGAUUUGGAAAAAGAAGGAACUGUACAAGUUGAGGCUUAUGCAAUAAAAGGAGCGACCGCUUUGUGGUGUGCUGCAGCUUGGGGACAUUUAGACAUCAUUCAAAUGCUGAUUGAUCGUGGAGCUAAUGUUAAUCAUUACACAAAAACUAGGUCCACACCGUUAAGAGCAGCAUGCUUUAGCAGGCGGUUAGAUAUCGUCAAAUAUCUGAUUGAUCAUGGCGCUGAUGUUAAUAUAGUAAAUUCGCGUAAUCAUAGUUGUCUCAUGUUAGCCUCCUACAAAGGUUAUGAAGAGCUCGUGGAUUACCUCUGUAAAAUAGGAUGUAUACUAGAUGCAACAAAUGAUGAAGGAUCAACGGCCCUUCAUGCAGCCGUUGAAGAAGAUCAUUUAUCCAUUGUUCAAUGUCUUGUUAGCAAUGGAGCAGGUAUCAUUAGAAACUCCGAAAACUCCACUCCACCGACAAUAGCAGCUCUAAACCGGAGGAAUUCAAUCGUAGAGUACUUUAGUAAUAAUACGAAGUUGUGUUCCAAGGAGGAACGCAUCGAAACUCUCGAAUUAUUAGCUAGUUCUUAUGUAAAUGAUGUCGAUGAGCGUACACAAAUAUCUUUUGAGUAUAUGGUGAGAGCCAUGCAAAUGAGAUAUUUAGAUCUGAGUAAUCCUACGCUGAAGAUUGUUUUGCCGGCAGUGGAGGCCUAUGAAAAUCAUGUUGAAUGUGAAACUCUGGACGAAUUGGAAUCGAUCCGUUGUAAUGCGAAUGCAUUAUAUAUGGAAGCACUUGCCAUCCGAGAACGAAUAUUAGGAACAAAUAGCAGUGCCUUGCUUCAGUCUAUAAUGUAUCGAGGCGCAGUAUAUGCUGAGAAAGCGAACUAUUGCCGGUGCGUAGCUUUAUGGAUGCGCGUAUUAGAAUUGAAAAUAUUUCAUGCUAAGCCGGUGGAUGAAAAUUUAUUAAAAUUUGCUGAAGUAUUUAUCGAAAUGGCACGCAGUAAUAUUGAUAUUAACACUAAAGAUUUGAUAAAGAUCUUAAAAUGCGUCAUUGUACAGUUACAGCACAAAAGAACGGUGAUGUAUCACUGUACAAAAAACGAAGAACAAAAGCUAGAAGAGCAUAUAUUUGACGAUAACUGUUAUACGAUGUUGUUUCUGAUUGUUGUGAUAUCAAAGAUUUCAUUCAUUGAUGAUUUUAUAGGUGUUAUUGUUAAAACCUCCAAGAGAACAAGUGAUUAUUUGCCAGGUGAUCAAUUAUUUAAAUCGAUUGAACUUCAGAACAAACCACAAUUGUUCCACGCUGCUACAUUUAUGUCUCAACGAGAUAACUUCAGAGAAGAAUAG